AUGUUUAGAAUUCCUAAGGCUACAGGAAUGAAAAUUAUUCCAGCAUAUCAUGUUGUAUUUUUAUUGCUACAAAUAUCUGCUCGAGUGAACAAAAGUGUGAGACUUGAAUAUCAUCAUUCAUACGCUUUUGUUGGAUCACCUGUAAAAGUUCCACAAUUAUGGAAUUCACUUAAUCUGCUUACAGUUUUGUAA